GUCACCUGGCAAUUUUGGAAAAAAAAGCGGUACAUCAUAAGUGUGUUGGGAUUUUUCGGGUUCUUUAAUGUAUUCGCUUUACGAUCAAACAUAAGUAUUGCCCUAGUCGACAUGAUUUCUUUGAAAAAUCGCACUUUGGAAAAUGGCACUGUCAUUCAAGAAAGAGACUUUGAUUGGGAUCCUGUUCAACUGGGCUACGCCUUGAGCGCAUUUUUCUAUGGCUACGUUUUUACUCAAAUUUUGGGAGGUUACUUGGCCACAAAAUUCGGAGGCUCUAAGAUUUUCGGUAUCGGCAUAGCCGCUACAGCAGUUUUCACAUUGCUUACGCCAUGGGCAGCCAAAACGAAUUUUUACUGCUUGUUGGUGAUCCGAAUUCUAGAAGGAUUAUGCGAGGGCAUUAAUUACCCGGCAUCGAUGGCAAUUUGGGCGAAAUGGGCGCCUCCUCUGGAGAAAGCUCGGUUAACAGCUAUAUGCAUUUCGGGUACUUUCGUCGGAACUGUGGUGGCUAUGCCAGUUAGUUCUUUAUUAGCGUCCUAUUUAGGCUGGGAAAGCAUAUUUUAUGUAUUUGGCGCAAUAGCCGUUUUUUGGUAUGUUAUUUGGCUAAUUGUGGUAAAGGAUUCCCCCUCCGAAGAUUCGCGAAUCGAUCCUGACGAACUAAUUUACAUCAACGAGGCAAUUAACGCCACAAAAUGUACAUCUAAACCCGUGGUUCCUUGGCGAUCUUUGUUAACCAC